AUGUCAAAUUCAACUCAGAUUGAUACAUUGUUAGAACAAAAUAAACCCUAUUCUGAUCCGACAUUCCUUCACAAUCAUCCACCAAUGUAUAUUCAUUAUAAAUCUCAACAUUCGGUCACCAAUCGAUCUUAUCAUUUUCAACAACAAUUAAGACAUUUGACACCGUCUAGUUUAUUAGCUCAUUUACAGUCAUUGACCAAAUGGUUUAACUUAACUUUCUUAGAUUUACAUGGUCUAUCAAUUGAAUGGAUUGAUUCUGAAACAUUUCAAAAUUUUACACAAUUAAAAACACUAAUAUUAUCAGCCAAUCAUUUAUCGUAUUUAUCAGAAAAAAUAUUUUAUCCAAUACGUACACAAAUUCUUCACUUAAAUAUUCAACGAAAUCAUUUUCAUACACUAAAUAGUGCAAAUUUUUUACAUUAUUUAAAACGCUUAAAAAUUCUUGAUUUUAGUAUGAAUUAUUUAAAAGAAAUAUCAAUAACAAAUUUUGUUGGAAUUCGUCGUUUAGAAUCAUUAAUAUUACGAAAAAAUCAGAUACAACAUUUACCAUAUGCCGUCUUUUCUCGUAUGACAAAAUUAUCGAGUAUUGACCUAUCGGAUAAUCAAAUAUUUAUCAUUGAUGAAGGAGCAUUUAAAGGAUUGAAAAAUUUAAAAGUAUUAAUAUUAAUGAAUAAUCCAUUAGGAAAAAUGAGUAUUAAACAAUCAUUAUUUUAUCCACUAAUAAAUUUAGAAUUUUUAGAUUUGGAAAAUUGUCAGUUAUAUAAUUUACCAUCAUAUUUAUUUUCAAAAAAUUUAAAUUUAAGAUCAAUCAAGUUAAGACGAAAUAAUUUUCAAAUUGAACUAAUAGAAGUCAAAAGCAAAAGUGGUUUAACCGUAUCAUCUUCGACUGCAAUCACAGUUAAUUUUGACAAACAUAAUUUGGGUAAUUCUUCACAUUCGAAAAUAUUGUGA